AAGCAGUUUUUUCUGCUGAACGUAGCUAAUAUUAAACCCAUAUUGUUUAAAUGCACAAGCUAAAAUAUUUUGGGUUACGACUAUAUGACACAUUUCUCAUAUUCGUAUCUGGUAUUUUAUUCUUUUUGUCAUUGUGCGUUACGUUUACUUUCUCUUCCCUUCGUCCCUGUCUUCUAAUAUUCAACGUUUAGUCUGUCCUUGAUAUUUCCUUUAUUGUGCGCGCGGCCUAAGCUUCAAAUCGUCGUCGCGCAUGCGCGUGCGCGCCCCUGCGACGCGACCAAUGCCGCGUUCGCGUCUACAUAUACGUCUAUGGUUUGAAUCCGGCGAGUUUUGGCGGGCAAUAACAGACGGAGACGACGUGCAGGAUGGAGGGACGGGACUCUUUGCGGGGCCUGUUUCAGGAUUUAGGCUGUAAAAUCGAGAACGAUGCCGUCCUCGACAAGUGUUUUCAACUAUGCGACUUGUACGACGUGGACGUGGAGAAGCUCACGGAGCUGUGGCUGACCUUUUGCGUCAACAACGACACCGAUAUCGAUCCCACCGUUGACACCUUGGUCAAGAUGGAACGCGCGGUGCUGAAGGAUUACAAACCGCACGACUCGACCGUAGAGAGCCCCGCAAAGCAGCAAGAACCAAUGGAAAAACAUCUCGCCGCGAGCGAAACUGUUGACGACGACGUACUUAGCAUGUAUGGCUGUGCAGAGAGUCAACCGUCGAAGCGCAUGCGGCCGAGUCCCGAGGUAGAAAUCGACGCGGAUGCACGGGCCGGUAAAGCGAGAGUUGCGGAAUACUCGUUUUCACCAGCCAGCACCACCGAGAAGUCAAAUGUGCCAAGUCAGCGUAACACGACGGACAAGGGGAAGAUCCUGCUUUCCAUCGGCGAGACCGUCGCGUCUUGGAAGAGGACGGGCGAUUACGACGUGCAAGUUGCCAAAUCAGACGAGCCGCACAUCCCCGUCGACGCGACGUACAUGUACGAGGUCCUGUCGAAGCAAGGACACCUCCUCACGUUCGCGUGCCAGAACCUGUGCGGCAGACUGGUCAAGAUGUGGUCGACAGUGUCCGGUAACGCAGCAACCGAGCUGCGCUACGUGAGGAACGUACGGAGCGUGAAUCAGAGGAACUUUCGUACGUUCGGUCGCAUCAGCACGAAGAAGGGACCCGAGAACGCGGUGACGCUGGUGGGUUGCGCGAGGCGGAGGGACGCCUCGGCGGCCGACACGAUCGAGCUGGAUUUUCGCAAUCUGAGACAGUACUCGGUGUUCUCCGGCCAGAUCGUGGCGGUCGAGGCCGUCAAUCCGGUGGGCAACACGUUGUACGUGAAGGAGAUAUUUGCCAAGUCGUACGCGCCGCUCGCCUCGACGCCGCGGCUCGAAUCGAGGGUCAACAUUUUCAUCGCGGCCGGCCCGUUCACCGCGUCCAGUAACAUGCACUACCAGCCGUUGUGGGACUUGAUGGAGAAGGUCACGUCGGACGAGCCGCAGGUCUUGAUUCUGAUCGGGCCCUUUCUCGAGUACACGCACCCCGACGUACAAGACAAUCUCAUUACGGACACGCAUCAGGAGCAAUUCGAGAAGAUUCUCACGAGAAUAAUGGAGUCGACGCGGAAGACCACACGGGUCGUGCUGGUAGCUUCCAAUCGCGACGUGCAGCACGAACCUGUAUUUCCAACACCUGAGUAUACACUUUUCAAUCGGAAGUUGCUACAAAAUUAUUCGAACCUGAAGCUGAUGCCGGAUCCUUGUAUAUUAGACGUUGCCGGUUUGAAGAUGGGAAUCACGUCGGUUGACGUUAUCAAACAUAUCGGGAAAGAAGAAAUAUCCAAUGUGUCGGGCGAUAGACUCGGCCGCCUGGCCGACCACGUGCUCGCUCAAGCGUGUUUCUAUCCCGUGUAUCCCCCGUCCGAGGAUCUGAACGUGGAUACGGAGCUGUGGGAGAAAUACACGUUUUUCGACCAGCAACCGCACCUGUUGGUUCUGCCGUCCGACAUGCGGUGUUACUGCAAGGUGAUCAACGAGUGCGUGGUUCUGAAUCCGGAGCGUACGCACAAGCACACUUACGCCAGGCUGAGCGCGAAACCGGCCCUCGGCGGUAAAUGGAGUGCCAGCAAUAUCUCGUGCGAGAUCGCCAAACUCUGAUGGCUGUAAAGUAUGACCGAAAAACAGCGUCUCGAGCGAACGUUUAGAGGAUUCAGCGCGACACUGGUCUCGCGCAAUUUUAAAAGAUGGAAAGGCAUUCGUACAAACUCGAAAAGAAUUCAACAUUAUUUUUGUAUCAAAGUUUUCGGACUGUACAUCGCACCAUUGUCGCGUCGAAUUCUUACACUGUCCUAAUUAUAUGAAAAGUAUUUAUGUAAUUUUAAUCAACGAAUAGUCGAGUAUGUUUCUCAUAGAUUGCUGUACACGAU